GGAUCCUGAGAAGAUUGCAUCAAGGUUGAUCAACACCCUAGUCACAUCCUUGGCUUGGAUGUUUGAUAAAAUUGGUGACCUGCUACAAUUAGAAAGAUGCUUGUACCUGUGUUAGUAAAUUUGUUAUAAACCAGAACUCACUUGUUUCAAAAACUCGAUUUGCUACAAUUGCAUGAAUGCUUGUCUCUGUGUUAACCAAAUUGUUACAAACAAUAACCCAUUUGUUUUGCCUGGGCUUGUGAGCCAUGAAGGUCAAGUACAAGAUUCAGUGUGCAUGGCUGUUGGUUCUCUCUAUAUUAGUGAAUGUCACAGAAGCUUGCUGGGGCAGACCAUCACAAAUCAUUGGCAAUCUAACAAAUGAUUACUCUCUAGUGGUUGGGUCUACAGUAGACUUGAACUGCACAUUACUUCAGCACAAAAUCUCCCUAGUGAACAAGGAUCACAAAAAUGAAACAUAUUUUGUUAAUUCCACACACUUGUUUUUUCGUUUCAAUAACAAGACUGUAGAAGAGGAAUAUAUUCAUAUCGUGGAUCCUUUAACUGCCCGUCUUCAAGUUCCUAAUGCAAACAUUGAACAAACUGGAAAAUAUUACUGUAACUUGAGGUUACCAGAAACUGAGAAGUCUACAACCGUAUGCUUAAGUAACAUCUAUGUUGGAUAUAAACCACGAGAAGUUAGCAGUUUUUCUUGUCUUAGUAAAAACUUUGAGAAGCUGACUUGCUGUUGGCGGCCACCUACGAAUCCUGUCCCAACAACUUACACUCUUAAAAGUCAAGUGAUAAGUGGAGGUUCUCUACUAGGGUAUGGUAAAUGCCCAAACACCACAAGAGUUAACAACACAUGUUGUCAGUGGGGAGUGGACACGUCUCCACCCUAUUACAGAAAUCAAGAACAGUUGUGGUUCACUUUGACUGGACACAAUCGUCUUGGAAGUAUCACACAGAAUAUCAUGGUAGACCACUAUAAAUUUGUUCUACCCGACAAACCUUCUCAGCUGCAGGCUUCAGAGGAAACACCAACUAACAUUAAACUCAACUGGUUACCCCCUAAGAACUUUGCCACCUGGGAUUUUCAACCUGGCCUUGUGUAUGAGCUUUUAUAUAAACCUAACAAUAGUAAAAAUGAAACGUGGAAGAUUAUCAAAUUGGGAAAAAAUAUUGGAACUCAUAAUUUGAUGGGAUUAGUGCCUAACACUGCCUAUGACUUAUCAGUUCGCUGUCGCUCAGCAGAAGCAAGUGGGGAAGAUAUGUGGAGUAAGGGAGUGAGCACACUUGCUCGGACUGCUCCUGAUGUUCCCUACUAUGUACCAAAUAUGACAGAAGGGUCGUUUGAAGUCCAGAAACUGACUGAUAGAAGAAGCAUCACAUUAUACUGGAAGCCUAUACCAGAGGAGCAUUAUAAUGGAAAAGAUUUUCACUAUGUCAUCUAUUACAAACCCACUUACAGCCUGAACUGGAAAAGAGAUGUGUCAGAGAAGCCUGUGAAAGUAACGGACAUUAAGUAUACCUUUUCCAAUUUAAACCUUAAUGUUGCUUACAACUUCAAGAUACAGUCAGCCAAUGAGGAAGGUGUAUCCAGAGGCAUGGAGGACAUUACUGUUGAGAGUACAGAGAACA